AUGCAGACGCAGCACGCAGAAGCCGGUUAUGAUCUGCUCACAACCACGAGGCAUGACCCCGCACUGACACGAUUUGCCUGGAACAACGACCGCGACGCCCAACCCUCUCCAUUUUUCCUGUUACCGUAUCAUCACGAGCGUCUGGUCGAAGCUGCGGCAAAGCAUGGAUGGAACGAUAUCACCUGUCGCUACGAAGAUUUCAAAUCCGCUGUUCGAGCUGCGAUCAAUGACCCACAGAUGACAUUUAGAGUUCGAAUCCUCCUCUCCCAUACUGGAAGUUUACAAGUUACCGCUGUUCCUAUGGAGCAAUCAUUUACAGACGACCCUUUCUCUCUGUCCUUGUCGAAGCCCUCGAUUGCGGUGCAAAACCCCCUGACCGUGCUUCUUGAUAAACAACCUGUGGCACCGUCCAUUUUUACCUCGACAAAAACCACAAACAGGAAGGUUUACGACGAUGCUAGAGAUCGCAUGGGCAUACCCCCGCUGACAACUCCCGCUGGCCGAACUUGUGAUGUACUCCUGUACAAUUCUGACCAGAUGAUCAUGGAAACAUCCAUCUUCAACGUCGCCUUUUUCCGUUCAGGCCAAUGGGUCACACCCGCUGCUGCGACGGGUUGCUUACUCGGCGUGGCUCGCCGAUGGUUACUCGAACACAACCGAAUCACCGAAGAUACCGCACAUUCUUUGACAAUAGGAUCCAUAGUAGAUGGUGAAUACGUGUUGCUGUUUAAUGGGCUACAGGGAUGCCGUAUGGGGAGGUGUACUGUUGCGCAGUAA